UAUUGUCCUGGCUUAUAGUUAUAACAGAAUAAUAACAGAACAUUUUUGUACAUAAGGACGAGUCGAAUUACUCCUUGUGUGAUCUAUACUCUUGAAUUUAUACUGUAUAAAAUAAAAUAAAAACAAGUUUGUAAGUAGAACUACUUAUAUCAGUAGGUUUAUCAGAAAAGGUUACAGAGACGUAGACGAAAAUGGGUGAUACAGAGCAAGACAAUUUAGAGCGCGGUGACGGUGAUAAUAAUAAGAAUGAUAAAAUGUUUACAUUGAAAAAGUGGAAUGCCGUAGCCAUGUGGAGCUGGGACGUCGAAUGUGACACUUGUGCGAUUUGCCGUGUUCAAGUUAUGGACGCGUGCCUACGCUGCCAGGCGGAGAGCAAGAAGGACUUCUACGGCAAGCAAGACUGCGUGGUGGUCUGGGGCGAGUGCAACCACUCCUUCCACUACUGCUGCAUGUCGCUGUGGGUCAAGCAGAACAACCGGUGCCCGCUCUGCCAGCAGGAGUGGUCCAUCCAGCGCAUGGGCAAAUGAGUCGCCGCUCGCGUUCUUCGCGUGCUUCGAGCUCUUCGUCGUCUACUUCGCUCCAUCCCCGCGCCUUCGCGCCGCGAGCAUGAAUCAUUGUGAUAAAAACCUCAUUAGCCUUAAUAAAUUUGCUUCGAU